AUGACAUUGGGAAAGAUGAAUGCCGCUUUGGCGGCCUUGCUCUUGGCCAAGUUUGCUUUGGCUGCUCCUCAGACCAUCACAUCCACCGUGCCAGUCGUCUUUGCUGGUACACGCACCAGUACUUCGGUUUUCGUGCCAACCGACCCAGAGACAAGCACAGUCACGGCUUCAGCCGCCUUUGGUGGCGUACGUUCUUCUACUCAGACUUUUGUACAAUCUGAGCCUCAGACAAGCACAGUCACUGCAUCUGAAGUCACACAGGUCAAUCCCAGCACGUCCACUUUCGUACCAACCAAUGUUCAAACCGUCACCAUUGGAACUUCUACAUCUACUGCUGAGGAAGCAGAGACAACGACGGCAACCGCUCCAACACAAACCUUGGUGUUGCCUACGUCAACAUUUCCUAUCGCGACAGACGUCGCAAGACCUAACCCAGCCGACACCGACCAAAGCAUCAACGACAGCGACAACCGCGACAGCAGUCAGAACACCGACAACAGUGACAACAGUCUGAAAGACAACAGCGCCAACAACAAUGCCGACAACAGCAACAAACAAGCCAACAUCUUUGCGCCAGAGAUUAUCGUAUACGUAACGCAGGCAAAAGCUAUCGAGGACAACCAAGUCGUGACUAAAGCGUACACGGUCACUGAGCGCGAACAUGGUCAGGUUGGAGACUCAAACUACGUUCCAUAUGGUUAUACAAAGGAGUGGAUUGAUUGCACUUGGUGCUACGAACCUACCAAGGUUGAAGUAAUGUCGACUUGCCCAACCCCCUACGAUCAAGAAUAUGGCUACGGUUACGAGGAUGCUGGUUACGAAAGCUCUGGCUAUGAGGGUUCUGGCUACGAAGGUUCUGGCUACGAAGGUUCUGGCUACGACGGUUCAAGCUACGACGAUUCCAGCUACGAGGGAGAGACUGGUCAGGAACAAGGAUCCUGGUUCAACCACCCAUUCGGUAGCUGGCCUUCUUGGUCUGGGUCUGAGUCGGACGAUGCUGGUUCUGGUUCAAACACCGAUGGUGCUGACACCGAUGCCUCUGGGUCAAUUCCUCCUCGUGCUGAGGGUGCUGCUCCACCCGCCGAUACUGUGUCACCUCCCGCUGAUGCUCCUGCGGGACCUGUUUCUUUUGGACCUGGCCCUACCUGGACGGCUCCUGCGGUUCCCGCUCAGCCUACCGCUGCACCCUUCCUCCCUGCAUCCUCGGCCGCUCCUGAGUUUGGUCCCUCCAUCACACCAGCAGCUCCAUUUGUUCCAGAGUCUCCAGCCAACUAUACUCCUCCCGCUCCGGUUGAUGCUCCAGUUUUCAACGGACCUCCAGCCGACUCUGCUCCUCCGUUUUCUCCCGAUGUCCCGGAAAACACUGCGCCGGAGGCUCCAGUAGAUGCUCCAGACAACUUCCAAGCUCCCGAUUCUCAGGCUAGCUUUAACGAUGACUUUGCUUCCUUCACCUCUCCUCCUGCAGCUGCCCCUACUGUCAGCCUUACUCCACCGGGUCCUCCUCCUGCUCUGAUUAACUCUACUCCCAUCGCUCCUGUAUUGAUCCCAGGCAGCUCUGUCCGGUCGAACUCUGCUCCCAGCGCACCAUCUACUCCGGCCGCUCCUGCCGAUGCUCCGGCUGCUCCUGCCGACGCUCCUGCCGACGCUCCUGACGCUCCUGACGCUCCUGCCGACAUCGAAGACGCCCCUAUUCCAAACGCUCGUGUAGACGCGGUGUCCACGAUAACAACCACUCACAGCGUUCUACCGGCUCCCGUUCAUGUCACAUCCACAACCACCGUUACCAUCACUAACACGGUCACGCGAUUCUCUGCCAACGACGACUGCACUCCUGAAGUCUCCACGAUCUACAGAGAUGGUCCCACUGCCACGGUCUACAGGGGUGCUCCAGCAGUUGAUGCUCUAGAUGCCCCCAACACUCCAAUUGUAUACACUCCCCGCUAUAGCCCUGACUUCUCGUCCAACGAUUACACUAGCACAUCGGCUAUCACGGCUAGUACGCCAACUUACAGGGCUGGUACAGCUUUCGGUGCUGACAGUACUGAUUCUACCACUAGCGAAGAGGCCAAUUCCUCUUUCGAGUCGUUUGCCGGUGCUGCUUCCGUGGUUUCACCCUCGGCAUUCCUUGCCCUCAUCCUUGGUCUCAUUGCUCUGCUGUGAUUUCAAAUCUCAGUGUGCAUCUAAAUUGAAAAGCAUUUUUCCUAGGCAAUAGUUUCGGAUUUGUUUUCAUCAGGCUCCUCAAGAAAGCGUCAUUCCUUUAAAGCACUUGCAGCGAUUAGCAUUAAUAGGCAUAUCACUAGAUAGUAUCAAUAAAGU